UAUGGGCGGUUGACGCCGCUCCGCGUCUCUGCGUGAGGACGUCGUGCCACGCGCACUGCAAAAGAUUUCAAGUUCAAGGGAACUAUAUUACUAUUAUAGCUAUUAUUAUUAUAUCUGUUAUAGUCUAUAGACUUCCGUCUAUUUUCACAUUUGCAGAUUGAGAACAUGCGCGAGAUGUUUCUUUACAGUCACAUGAUGCAGUGUGUGUGUGUGCACAAGAAGAGCAGUGUUAUUCCACCACUUCCUAUUAAACAUGUAAAAGAUAGAACUGUUUUAUAUCUGUGUGUGUUGCUGCUUGUUUGUUAACUAUUAUAAAUUAUUGGAUGUAUUUGAAAUGCAGUCUGGACUCGUCACUUGUAUUUCCUCUCAGCACAAGCAGUCCAUGUGAUUCAGGCUUUGACAUGUCUGGACUCGUCAUUUCUUGCAGCGGAGGCCACCUUCUCCCCCCCCCCCGACGCGCCGGGAGGCUCAUAUCCUCCAUCCAUCCAUCCACCCGGACCGGAGCCUGGAUGCUCCAACACCUCAUGACCAAUUUGCACCUAAAGUUCUGCUCUUUAUCCGGCAUGUAACCCGGGUUAUUACUCUAUUUGUUAGCCCGGUUUGUGUGCGCUUUUCCCCAUGGAGGACUAGUGAGGUCGGGGAUCCACCGCCCUGCAGGCUGCCGGGGGGAGACGGACCUCCACACCGACGGGGAUUCACUCACUCGGGCUACAACACGUUGAAAAUGGUCGAUGUUUCGGGCUCAGGAGGCUCCUUUUGCCGUCAUGUGAACGCGGACGAGGCGCGUCAACCUGCCGGGGAUGAUGGUGAAACCAUGCGGCUGUGUGGUUCUCCCUAGCCUCCCCUGUCCCUCACCUCCCACCUGAUCACCUCCUCUCCUCUCCUCCUCCACCUCCUCUCUCCUUCCUUCUCUCUCCUCCUGUCCACCAUGACAACCACCCUGGAGAUGCUGCCGGCCCAGCCCGACCAGGAGCUGAGCCCCGAGCGGCUGGAUGGCUGCGAGGACUUUGGCAGCCGCUACAAGGUGGUUCCCUCUGUCGUCUGCUCCAUGUGCUGUCUCUUCGGCAUCAUUUACUGCUUCUUUGGCUAUCGCUGCUUCAAAGCGGUGAUGUUCCUGACGGGCCUGAUGUUUGGCUCCGUCGUCAUCUUCAUGCUCUGCUACAAGGAGCGCGUUCUGGACACCCAGCUGAGCUUGGAGGCUUCUGUGGGCAUAGGCCUGGGCAUCGGCACGCUCUGCGGCCUGGUCACCAUGCUGGUUCGCAGCGUGGGCCUCUUUAUGGUGGGCCUGCUGCUGGGCCUACUGGUGGCUGUGGCCACGCUGGUGGGCAUGGAGGAGCUGUCCGAUAGCCCGCCGCGCUCCGUCUGGGUGCCGCUGGGCGUGCUGCUUGGCCUGGGCAUGCUGUUCGCCGUGCUCACUCUGCAGUGGCAGCGCCUCUUCACCACGCUGUCCACAGCGAUGUUUGGUGCAGCAGUCAUCACUGUGGCGGUGGACUACUUCGUGGAGCUCUUCGCCCUCGUCCUGUACAUGUACGAGCGAAUUAAAGCAGCACCUGGCAAGCCUGUGUGCUGGCUGACGUGGGUGGUGCUCGGGGUGUGGCCUGCCCUCACCCUGCUGGGUGUCAUGGUUCAGUGGAAGGUGACCGCUGAGGGAUACUCCCAUACCAAGGUAAUCAUCAGCCGCCAACAGAGGAGGAUGCAGGUGAUGCGGAUUCGACAGCGGGACGAUCGCUAUCGCAACAAGAAGAAGAAGAAGCAGCAGCAGCACGGCUCCUCCUCCAGCCAUCACCACCAGGCCAAGCAGCUUCACCCUGAGCCGGCUUACCGCCGCAAGCCCAACCCUAUCCGCCGCUACGACACAGACGUCCUCUCGCCGAGCUACAUCCAGAGUUUCCGAGACCGGCAGGUGCAGGUGCAGCCCAUCCCGAGCCGUCUGGCCGGCCGACCACACACAGUGGUGGAUGUGGGCUACGACUGCGGCUCCACAACACCCCUCACCGGAGCUGCAGGACCCUCACUACGUGUCUGAGUGACCACUCCUCCACCAGGGAGAUACAUGACUCUUCAAUCACUACCCCACCUGGGUGUAAUCACGUCACCACUGGGUUUAAAUGCAAAGAUUCUGGGUUUAAACAUAAUCUGGGUUUAGCCACGCCCCUAUGAGGAUGAAAAUAUAUUUAGGGCUGGAUUAACCCAAAAUGCAAAACAUGUUUUACUAAUUACAUUUUGGAAUAUGAAGCUUCUCCUCCACCUCCUAGUGGCUACCUGCUGGAGCCAUCAGUGUGCAUGGUGCAGAGGCUUGGUUGACCUCUCUUCACUGUCCUUCAGUAGAUUUAAAUGCACAAAUGCAUGCAUGCACUUACACAAGCGCACACCGCAGCUACAAUCUUAAGUGUGGAAGUGGAAACCUGAAGCAGCCCGCUGUACCCGGCCCCCACCUAUUUCUCACUGUCUCAAAUCAAACCAGAUCAGGGAUUUAGUUUCACUGCAAACCCGCCUCAGGUUCAAACACAGAAAUCAAAAUACAACUUCGCCCUCGUCCAGCUCGCUGUUUCUGCCACAGAAGCAACUAGUUCCUCAGCCUGUUGGCGUCUUAAAGGUCCAAGGACCCUUACAUGCAAACUGGGUUCUUCUAUUUGCUUUCUUUGCCAUCUGGACCGCAAAAAUCGUCCUUGAAAUGGGGAGAGACGUCUUUAAUGUUUGAAGGGGGAAACCCUUCGUCACCCUUGGUGCUGGACGACACACUUCUUGAAGCGUCACACUGCUCUCCGAUGGCAGGGGGAUCUGUAAACGGGUGCCUUGCCCCUCUGUGGACUGUACCAUUCACCAACAGGAGGGGGAUCUCCCAUCGAUGGCUUUUUUUUGCAUUAAAUGUGAUCACGGAAGGAUUUUUCGUGGGGGUAGCCACGGAGCUACAACAAGCAGGGUAACAAAUAUAGUUGGAGUGGAGUCGUCUUCACAGAUGCCUGGAUAUACGAGGUGGAUUUGCUUUUCACUGACGAAGCAACAAAGCUACAUUUACACUGGCACCUCAUCAAUUAUUUCACCCAACAAAUAAAAAAGGUUUUAAGGAUUGGAAACAAACAAUCCCUGAAUAUUUUACAACCUGCGGUGCAAACUGUUCGCCCUCCAAGAGAUUAUUCACGCUGCUAAACAGAGAAGUAAUAUUUUUAUUCUAUAGCUCAAAGUUUUGUUUCACUUCAUCAUCUGUAUGAAACGUUCGCUCUUUAGAUCCAUUUGGCAGAGCAGCACCUUCUUCCUGUUUGUGCUGCAAACCAAAUGUGAGCGGUUUUAAAAUGUCGGUGAAAGCUAAAGAAUUACCACAUAAUUAUGUAUUAAUAUUAAAAAAGCUCCAGGCUGAGAUGUCAGUGUGAAUAAUGCUCCCAGAGCCUGGAUGAAGACAGCGGACUAGUGGCCAUACCAACUUGUACUUAGACCAGCGACUCCUUCCAUCAUGUGCGUUGAUUUUCUUUAUUUGGGAAACACAACAUUUCUGUCACCAGUGAAAAUGUGAAUACUUUGUUAUCUUUACCUUUUUUUUUUUAAGAAAAGCAAGCAAUUGUGGGGGGAGGGGGGAAUGUAUGGUACGUUGUUAUUCAUCCGUGGGAAACGCAUGCAUGAUCUUUCCUCUCCGCCCCGAUCAGCCCUGCGUGGGGCUCCCACCAAACACCUCCACCCUUCCAUGUGCAUCGAUGUGACAUCUGUACAUAAACCACAGCACUUACUAACGUUUGUUAUUUUUAUCAUUUACUCUAAACUGUUUCUUUUUCUUUUCUUAUAUCUAAUUACAUUGAGUUCUUCUCCAGUGGGAUGUAUUUAUUUGCUGAUUUAUUUAUUUCUGAAGCUGUUCUUCCAAGGAGAGUGUGACGUCAUCACUGUAGGCCAGAAACUCCAUGCUUUUAAAAACAUUUUGAAUUAUGACUAUGAUUAUUAAAGCAUGUGUUCCUAUGGGCCUGUAUACGAA